CUUCACUUCCAUUCUCAAACAGCACCAUCAUCUUUAGACAGAAGCAAAGCCAAAAAAAAACUUACUCAUCAUAAGAUAUCUUUAACCAAAACCCUAAAAGAAACCUCCUUUCAAAAAAACCAUUUCUUCAUCAUCAUGUCAACCUCCAAAACCCUAGACCAUAAUAAACCAUUUGAAACAUCCCAAACGCAAAUGGGUUUUGCUCUGAUCCACCAAAACACAUCCGCCAACACAACCACCACCACCACAACCGGCGAGAGACGAGGCCGGAGAUCAAAGCAAGCGGAGCCAGGGAGGUUCCUAGGAGUCCGGAGACGUCCAUGGGGUCGUUACGCAGCCGAGAUAAGAGAUCCAACCACCAAAGAACGUCACUGGCUAGGCACUUUCGACACAGCUCACGAAGCUGCUCUUGCCUACGAUAGAGCUGCUCUUUCAAUGAGAGGUACUCAAGCUCGAACCAACUUCGUCUACACUCCAACUGAUGUCCACACCAUCCUCACAAACCCUAAUCUCCACUCUCUCAUUGUCUCUCCUUACAAUAACAACCAAUCUUUCUUACCAAACUCUUCUCCACAGUUUGUCAUCGAUCAUCAUCCUCAUUAUCAAAACUAUCAUCAACCACAACAACCUAAACACACUCUCCCCCAAACUGUCUUACCCGCGGCUUCUUUCAAAACGCCAGUUCGUCAUCAAAGCGUGGAUAUUCAAGCGUUUGGUAAUAGUCCUCAAAACUCAUCUUCUAACGGCUCGUUAUCUUCUUCACUAGACGAAGAAAACAACUUCUUCUUCUCUUUAACAAGCGAAGAACAUAAUAAGUCCAAUAACAACUCGGGUUACUUGGAUUGCAUUGUCCCAAACCACUGCCUUAAACCACCUCCGGAGGCCACCACCACCCAAAAUCAAGCCGGAGCUAGUUUCACAACUCCGGUAGCAAGCAAAGCCUCUGAACCAUAUGGAGGGUUUAGUAAUAGCUACUUCGAAGAUGGUGAGAUGAUGAUGAUGAAUCAUCAUGAGUUUGGUUCGUGUGAUCUCUCUGCCAUGAUCACGAACUAUGGUGCUGCUGCCGCUUCAAUGUCAAUGGAAGAUUACGGGAUGAUGGAGCCGCAAGAUUUAUCUUCUUCUUCUAUCGCUGCUUUUGGAGAUGUCGUUGCAGACACUACAGGCUUCUACUCAGUCUUUUAGAACAUUCUAUAUUAUAUAUGUUUUUUAUAUAUGCAAUAAUAUUAUUAGUAUUUACGUUAUUCGAUGGUCGUUUGAUUGUUGUUGUUAACUAUAUGUUAUCGACUUUAUUAUAUAAAUCCUGCUUAUUGUUUCAUGCAUCAUAAGGUUACCUUACCUUGAAGUUUUGAUUUGUUUUUUCUUUAAUUUGUAUUAUGGUUUUGAUUAGCAAAAAGGGAUAAUCCGAGUUGUAUUAAAGACCACUUUUUGUCCAUGCUACUUCGACACACUCAUUAUGUAUAUUUUAUAAGUGUGCUAUAUUAUAAUAAUAAUGAAAUCAAAUGACUUGCUCCAAAC